AUGCGAAAGGAAGACCAGCGCUCCGCAGCAGAAAAAGAAGAAGAAGGAGAUCUCUCGGCAGGGGAUUCAGGUCAGACGGAUACGUCGACGACGAGGAAUUCCGGAGCCACUACAGUCGUCCUCACUCGGCUACACCACCCUGGCAACCAUAUCCUCUCACUCACCAAGGCCACCUUCACCUCCCUCCAUCUCUCAGUCCUCCUUUAUGUCGGGCACGAUUGGUUGCAGGAUUGCACUGCCUCCCUAGCGAGCACCGAGCAGCGCACCCCAUGGCAUCAAAGCGCAGCAAACUCAAUUCUGUGCCACCGUUCACGCAAGCUCCUUCUCAACCUCCCGACUCGUAUGAUGCGCAAGUAA